AUGUAUAAAUCGCGCGGCGGCCACCCACCCACCUCUUCAGCCCCGGCGCUGGCACAGCUUUCCGUCGGCUUCAGUCACUCGCCGGUUCUUCAUCUAAUGGGGAAGAAAAAACCUAUGAAGAUGGCAGAGAGUGAUAGCGAUUUGGUAAUCGACAGUGAUAUGGAGGAUGGAAUUGCGCAUGUGGAUGACAACGAGAAUAGUGACCUCGAUAUUCAUGAUGAGGAAUUGGAUGACCAGAAUGAAGAUGAUGAUGAAGUUAAUGAUGAUAACGAGGAGGGUGAAGAUGGUGCUGAUAAUGAUGAUGAUGACGAUGAGGACGAGCAAACUGAAGAGGAAGGCUCAGAAGAGGGCCAUGAUGGUGUAAGCGAAGAUGAAAAUGUUCUGAAAGGGGAGGAGAUGGAAGAGCUUGAGAAAGAGUAUAGAGAGCUUAGAAAUAGGGAGCAAAAUUUGUGGAAGAAUUUGAAGCGCCAUAAGGAUGAGGAUCUUCAAAAAGGUCAAGCUGUGAAAAACCAAAGGGCUCUAUGGGACAAGACACUGGAAUUCAGAUUCUUGCUGCAAAAACCUUUUUCAAGUUCCAACAGAUUUCCACAGGAACCAGUGAGAUCUUUAUUCUGUGACAUGGAUAGUGAUGCCAGUGAAGCAUAUUCAGAUUUGAUUGAUUCCUCAAAGAAGACCUUGGAUUCUAUACUGGAAUUACAACAGGCACUGGAGGCAAACAAUCCAGCAAUUACUCAAUUUGGAGAAGGCAACUCUUUGAGAGAUUCCAAACAACUUGGUGCGUCCGGUGACUCAAAUGGGGAUAUUGAUGAAGAGUGGCUGAAGAUUUCUCAAAUGCAAUCAAGAAUGGCUUCUUUUAGAAACAAAUCAAUUGAUAAAUGGCAGAGGAAGACCCAGGUGACAACGGGUGCAGCUGCCAUCAAAGACAAAUUACAUGCCUUUAAUCAGAGUAUAAGUGAACAAGUUGCUGCAUAUAUGAGAGAUCCUAGUAAAAUGACUAAAGGGAUGCAGCAGAAUAGAGCAGCUGUUGCUGUAUUUGGAAAUGUAAGUUUGAAAUUAGAAUCAUAUGUGAACGGUGACCCUGAACUUUUGGAUGACUCGGAAUUUUACCAGCAGCUACUGAAAGAGUUCUUUGAGACAAUUGACCCUUCAUCAUCCGAAACGGCAUUCUAUGCUCUGAAAAGAUUGCAAACUAAGAAGAGAAAAAUUGUUGACCGUCGUGCUUCAAAGAGUCGCAAGAUCAGGUAUCAGGUGCAUGAAAAGAUUGUCAAUUUCAUGGCCCCUCGGCCCAUGAACCUCCCACCUAUGGCCCCUAAAUUAUUCGAAAACUUGUUUGGGCUUAGAAACCACAAACCUGCAUCAGGGGCAUAA